UUUCACAGUCACACCAAUAGAAUUUUUGCUUUCGGUUUCGGAUAGCAGAUCAAGAUUUGCACCAGACGAACAAUUGCAAAUAAGUCGUUGUCCAGAGUCAAGACACUGCGCUGCUGUCCCCUGUCUACCAACUUUCGACAAAGCCUCUCAUCUCUCCAUUGUGAUUUGACUUCCAUUUUCAAAGGAAUUGGUUCGUUGUUGAGAGCGGCUCCGGAGUAAAUGCGAGAACUAAAUAUUGUAUCGGUAUUUCCAAUGUAUACCACCGGCGUUGGUUUCGUUGGUGUGUAGUUCUAGCUUAAAACCCAAUCUCCUAGCAGAACCAGAUUUCAGAGCAUGAAUAUGAAGGUAUACAGGCUUACAGAUUCAGAAGGGACUCGCAAAUUUUUGAUCUGGAUCUUAUUCUCGACUUUUGAAGAGACUUUCACUUUUUAAGUCUGGAUCCUAUUCUUAAUUUACUUGGUUGACUAUAGGGGAAUUCAUAUUCAUAUUCCAGGAACUAUAUACUUCAACGGUUCGAUAUUACAAGUUAUACUUCUACGACUUUAUAGAUUCCACCACGUUAAAGAUGGAAGGGUGUGGCCCGUAUCGAAUCAGCUUCUCCGGAAAUUCAUUCCUAGGGGUGUACGACUUAGGGUGUGCCAUGUGCCUCCUUGACCACGGCAAGAGAUUGCUACAGAAUGUGGAGUCUUAUUGGGGCAUCUCCUCGGGGGGACUGACGGCAGCGCUUAUGAUGUCAGCCCCUGAAUGUCUGCGGGAUUAUUUAGAUGCCAUCCUCGCCCUGUCAACAAAGAUACAUAGUCUUCCUCAAGGCGCUUUGACCCCUGGGUUUGACUUCACACAGGAAGUGCGUCAUAUACUUGAAGCUCUUUUAAAGAAUAACUGCCACAUCACGUGUUCAAAUCAGCUCCACGUUCAACUGCAGGAACUUGUUACGACGGAAGACAUCCCCGCGCACAUGCGCAGAAGACCACAAACCUUGGAGGAGGAGCUCCAGCCGCUGAAACCCCCCACGAAGACGGAUAUCGUGAUGGUCGACGGGAAAGCUUAUCUCUUUGGUGAAAAGCAAGUUGUGUCAGCGUAUUCUUCUAAGCAUGCUCUCACAGAGGUAUUAGUAGCUGCUAUAUACUACCCCUCAACGAACACAGCAAGUGCACCGAAGGUUAUGGAAAAGCAUUACAUCGACGUCAGCGCGCUCCCUGAUGACACGCCCAAAGACGCAGCAGACAGCAGGUUCCCGUCCACAGGUCACGUGAUAGCCAUCGCACCCAAUAAGAAUGCAGGACUGAGCCGACCUAAAGACAAUCUCACGCUCGGUCUUCGUGACGUCAGCAGGGACAAUUACGUAUUCAAACCAUGGCAUAUGUUUCGAUUGGGCGAGGGGCUUUACCCCCCUCGGAGGGAAGACCUGGAAAAGACAUUUUGGGACGGAGUUUCCGACGCGACGGAGUUCCUUAAAAAGUUUGAAAUGUACGAAUCUGGCUCCAAUAGCUAUCCCCAAAGAUCUACAAUGUACUGAACAAUAUUUGUAUUGCUCUCGUUUAUAGCAAGGACACUGGCUAAAGCAAUAAGACAUGCAUUUGUCAUUCUCACCGCUUUUGGAAUGCCACUUUAUGUGAAAUGUUUCAAGGAGCCAAAGAAAUUUGUCUUCGACGUGAAUUUUGAUUUGGAGACACCUCCGAGCCUUUGAAUGAUUCUAAACAUAAUAUUGGAGACAUACAAGGUUCGGAUGGUCAUCAUUCUCGUAUUGCAGUUUCUCUAUCUUACAUCCAGUUUUUUUUAAGUGUUGCUUACUCGGUUUUUAUUCAUUCAAUUCAACUCAAUUCAGACCACUUGCGUGAUUUUAUUUUUGCUCUUCAUUACGCCGUUGAUGGCGACAAAUUUUGAUUACAGAUUCAAGACUCUCUUAAAUUAUAGACUCUGGA